GAGUGAGUUUGGUGCGUUGUUACAUGACGUCAUCGAUCAUUCUGCGCAAGGAUUGUACUCAACAGAAUGAGCAGCUGGUUACACUGUAUAACCUACAGUCAAUAAUAAUAGAAUAAAUGUAUGGACGUUGGCUAUAGCUGAAUGAUAGGCUAUCAACACAGCAAGGUAUGUGAUUUUCAAUGUAAAUGAAUUUCUUUUGGUCAAUAGGUGUUUAUUGGCGGCUAUAAGAAUAUGGAGAGGGGACGGUCUGGUUCACAUACGCUGAUGAUGGGAAGCCUUCUGUGUUUAUUCUGGUACGGCGGCCGAAUAAAGCCGGACAUUGCAGGAAUCAUCUUAUUAUGAAUCUUCUGUUAUGGCAUUAUCUUUUGCUAUCUGAUGAUAAUGUAUUGAACAAGGUGCGUGCUUGCCUUCUCAGCGAGCGGCCUAAAACCAGGCACCUUAUUAUCAGAGGCUGCUGAAUCGUGACAGCGUAUUGCCCUUUCGGGUCUGGACUGUUAGCCUACAGACUAGCAUGGUAGGUUGAGCCUUGUUUCAUUUUGUAAACGGUUAUUAUAUAUAUAUAUACCUAUUUCUCAAUGAAUAAUUCAAUGUUUGUUGUUGUUUGAACUGUCUAUCGAGCAAGAUAAUGAGUCCCCUAACAUGAUACAUUUUAUAUAAAUAUGUUUACCAAAAAAAGUAUAUAAAAAAUAAUCAUUAAUGCAUGAAAAUAACAGAAGGAUUGGGUUCAUAAAUUGGCCAUUCUCCCAAUCAUUUUCCCAUGACUGUCUAGGAUAACAGGUUGUGCAGCAGGUGCACUUUUCAAAAUGGUGUUGGAUGUCAAGUUUGUUUUCACAGUAGCUACUUUUGGUUAAUAUUUGACCUCAACCAAUGGGCAGGUAGAAACUCAUACAGUUUGAGUCCACUGUCAACACCAUUGGUCCAGACCUACCUGGUGAAGGGAGUUGAAAUUGGCCUUCAAAGCCUUGACAUAACAUGUCACCUAUGUUACAGGUAACCUGACAAAAUGGAGAGGGGAAAUUAGUGAGUACACAAACAUUCACCAUAUUCAUUGAAUUAGCAUCACAAAUGUAUUUAUGUUUUUUAACAUAUGGUUGAUAAAGUAACAAGACUUUGACCGUUUCGGAUGUCAUUGCAGUGGUGGCUACUCCCGGGAGUAUUUUGACCGCUUUAUUGAAAGUCAAGACUCGUCUGUGGUGAACAAGUUCCAGCAAAAGUACUGGAAAACCAAACAGAAGAUCAUCAAGGUCACAGGAAAGAAAGAGGACGAACAUGUCGUGGCGUCAGACGCAGACCUGGAUGGCAAACUGGAGGUUAGCUUCACAGAUCAAAUGCUUCAAAUCUGUUUUGUUACUGUUUCAUGGAUACAUUGUCAUAGAUACACAGACAACUGUUGGGCCAAUUACCAAAGACCUGAGCUGACAAUAUCAAGUAUCAACCUCCGUUAAUCUCAAAUAACAUAGGCAGAUGACUGUUAAAGAUUUGCAUAAAAUGCAUAUAUAUUUGUUGACUGGCAUGACUGUGCACAAGUAAUUUUUCCAUGGCAUUGUAGGUGUUUCACUCUGUCCAGAGAACAUGCAUGGAGCUAUUGAAGGUGAUAGAGCAGUACCAGAGAAGAAUCUGCUGUGAGUCUGUUUUUCACCCUCACAUUUGGCACCCACUUCCAUGCUAAACGCUAGCAUUUACAUGUCGGACCCAGUUACAUCAGGAUACUCAAGGUUCUUCUGGACCCGGAUUCUGAAGCCCUGUUCAAUCCUCUGAGUUCUACUAUGUGGUUCUAUCCCUCCUCUUCAGUUCUAUCCCAGGAGGAGAAUGAGUUGGGGCGGUUCCUGCGCUCACAGGGCUCCCAGGACAGGACCAGGGCUGGGAAGAUCAUGCAGGCUACCGGGAAGGCCCUCUGCUUCUCCUCACAGCAGAGGUUUGUACCUGGACCACACUACCAGAGGACAGACAGACACACUGGAUAUUGCAAUGCAGAUAGAGAGACAGACAGGAUAGGGGGCUCACAUUACAAGGUAGAGAGACCGACAUGCAGGAUAGUAGUCUCUCUCCCUCUACCAGAGGAGACGAGACAGACUACCAGUGUAGAGAGAUAGACAUGCAGGAUAGCAGUCAUAGGCGGCGCAUCCAUAAGGCUAGGGGAAUUCAAUUGCCAACAUGAUAUAGCCUAAUUAGCCUACUCCUGUCUAUACAGAAAUAAAUAAAAUCAUUCAAAAUAGGCUACUACACCAGAAAGCAUGGUUUGGCCACAGAGGAUCAUUAACUUCUUUUAAAAUGGGCGGCAGGUAGCCUAGCUGUUAAGAGCGUUGGGCCAGUAACUGAAAGGUUGCUGGUUUGAAUCCCAGAGCCGACUACUGUUGGUGACUAUAUUUUAGUUAUCAAAAUUCUCAACUUAAUUGAGUGAACAAUCUUAUCAGCACCAGCCGAGGUCAUCGGCUAUAUCCCUGGUGAGUGCACAUAUUCACUGAUCAGUGCCACUUGAAAGUUAGGUUUUGGACAAUAAUUUCCUCUUCUGGGUUAGAUGGACGUCAUAUUGAAUGUAUUUGUGUCUCCCCUUCUCGUAGUCCUAUUAUAAUAUAUUAGGCCUAGGAGAAGGGGAGACACGAAUACAAUAUGGAUCAGACAACAUCAUUUUUAUUGAUCUGUUUGUCAGUGUCAGCAGAGUAGGUUACCCUGUAAUUUUUGAUUCUGCUAAUGUCUCCAGUCAUAUAAAGUGUUGUAGAGUUGCAUGAAAUGUGUUUAUAAAAGAUUUUUCCCAUGCAAAGAAAGGAGAAGAAACGUAUCUGAUAUAGCCAGUGUCUACUCUACUUUACUACUCGCUCAGCCAUGCAUUGAACAGUAUUUUUUGCAAACAGUGAUUGAGUUAUAUUAUUAGCCUAAAUCAUGACUAUCCAAUCUACUCAUCACAUUAUGAAUAGUAGGCUAUCUUACAUAAGUCUGCAAAUGCGAUGAUGCAUGGAAUGCUAUAUUAUAAAGGUACAUUUUUAUGGAGAAAAUUAGCUUCCCCAAACUUGAAACUUAUGCACUGCCUAUGAUAGUCUCCAUCUACCAGAAGAGAAGAGUCAGACAGACAGACCAGUGUAGAGAGACAUGAGACAGGAGAUUGCAUCAAUUGGCUCCUAGGGGACAGGCUAGGAGUCUGCUGUGUAGCGAGACAAAAAGAGAAAGAAAACAGCAUACAGUGACAGCUUUGUAUUCCGACAGACAUAGGCCUGUACUGUACUGUAUCAACACAGUACCCAGAGUGUUUGAAUAGAAACUGAAGACUCAUUAUUGAGAGAGUGCUAUGGUAAUCCAUGUCGUUUAGGUAACGGUUCAAAGGUUCAUUUUUACUUACUGUUUGCUGCUCCAUCUUUAAGCUUUAGUGACCAUAACGCAGUCAAAAAGAGUCCGAGUAUAUUUUCAUCCAGUUCCUGCUCUUCACCCCACUCCCUCAUCCACAUUGUGUCAGCUGCACUUGUGUCAGCUGCAUUUGGAUGAGUGGAAUUGUUCUCUGUUGAUGACAGUAUUUUUUUCCCCCUCAGGCUGUCUCUGCGUAGUCCUUUGUGUCGCCUCUACCAGGAGGUGGAGACUUUCCGCUACCGGGCCAUCUCUGACACCUGGCUGACGGUGAACCGCAUGGAACAGUCCAGGACGGAAUACCGUGGAGCACUGCUCUGGAUGAAGGACGUAUCCCAGGAGCUCGAUCCAGACACACACAAACAGAUGGAGAAAUUCCGCAAGGUUAGUGUACUCUCUUUAGAUAUAGGUCUCAAUCAUAUCAGGAUGAAGGACUGUUUAAACAGUAUGGAUGAAGUCUGUGGGCCAGAUUGAUUAAGCAUGUGUUCCUGUUUCUUUACAGAGAGAAUUCAAUCUGAGUUUCAUAGAAUCAUACUGAAAAUGGAAAUUGUUACAUUUACCACUAGAUGGUGCAAUUUACUGUAAAAUUGUUGUGUGUGUGAUUGUGUACUUUAGUGUGGAGCUGAUUCAUGGGAACUAGGGGAAAGGCAUGUUUUCUUCUGUUUAGUGUUGGUUGCACUCAGGGGUUAUCUUGAGUGAGAAAGACUUCAGUUGCACUUGCAACAUCUGUGUAUUCUGAUGUGUGAUCUUUAUUCCAUGCAAUGUUAUGUACCUAUGUUAUGAUCUUGUCUUCGGUUGAGCAAUAUUUAAUAUCUCUUAUCUCUCCUCUCCAUCUCAGGUUCAAGUGCAGGUGCGAACCACUAAAACAAGCUUUGACAAACUGAAGAAUGAUGUAUGCCAGAAAGUCGAUUUAUUAGGAGCCAGCCGCUGCAAUCUGCUCUCUCAUGUUUUAACCACAUACCAGGUACACCAGAAUAUCAAGGAGUGGUGUAUGUACAGAAAGUAAAAUAAUAAUUAUUGCAUAAUAGUAAUUGUUGGCUACAGGCACAGCCUUGUGCUAAUAUGUAUUUGUGUGUUUCAGACCACCCUGUUGCACUUCUGGGAGAAGACGUCUCACACUAUGGCUGCCAUUCAUGAGAGCUUUAAGGGCUUCCAGCAUUAUGAGUUCUCUACACUCAAGGUGAGGGAGGCCUCUAUCAUAUCACUCUGUAAGCUGUAUCAUUUGUCAGGAUUUAGGAAACGGUGAAUAGUCCGUUUCAGAUCUGUGAUAUACUCAAAAGAUGUCCAUACAGUUUUGUACUUUACAUUAAGAAGGAACAGUAUGUUUCACCAGAAGGCCUCACUUAGACGACAGCACAAGUUGUCUUUGUCAGUGUCAUGUCUUGUGACGUCAUCAGUAUGUCGUUCUUCUACUUCCAGAGCCUCCAAGACCCCAUGGAUAAACUGUCAUCUCAGGGAUCAAAGAAAAAGGGGGAGAAGAAAGCCAAAGCAAAGAAAGAUCUUGAGGAGACUGCAGAUGGCCAGUAAGUGGAAAUCCAUACAACAUGACAGAAUUCAUUUAAAGUCUUACAUUAGGCUACACAGGAUCAUAUACUGUACACUAUAUGUAACAUGUUUGUUUUUUGUCCAUAGACUUGUCUCAAUAGAUCCCAAUGAAGAGUCCAAUGAAGAAGGUAAAGGACAAUAGUGUAUUAGGAAUAUUUUAACUAAAUAACAAGCCAUUGUAACGCACAAUUGUUCUAUACUGAUGGAUUUAAGGCUAGAUUAAAUCAGAUUCCCGACACCCGCAUAGCUGUUGUGUUGACAGUGUCUGAGGUGGAACUGUGAUAGAGCUGUCAAAUCCACAAGCGGCUACCGGCAUUAUACCUAUCACGGACAUUGCCAUUGGCUGCAUAGAGUCCGGUUUAAUGCUUAAUUAGAUUGAAUCUAGGCCUUAAACCAAGUUACCAUGCACUUUUCACUCUCAUCCUAUGCAGCUCAAACCAAGACACCUUCUGGACAAUUCUUUGAAGACAUCGACCUUAAUAGACAAAUGACAGGUAAUGUACAGAAGCACCUCCUCAACGUAUGUGUCCCAAUGUCCUAAAUGAAUAUCAGAGAAAAAUAAAUGAACAGAUCAUGUGAAAUUAUUUCUUAUUUCACCCCAAUAAACAUACUUAGCAGCCAUAUAAUCAACUACCCAUUAUCAGGCCCCACUGUCCACCUCUCAAUAACACAGUAUUUGAUUGGUUCUUCCAGGGCCUGAGGAUCUUCUCUCAGCCUUUUCUCGUCAGGAGCAGGAGGAGGGUGGAGAGAGGGACAGCAUGGCCUUGUUGAAUGAGAUUCUGGGCAGCACGUCUCUGGAUGAGGGCGAGUUUUCACAGGAGUGGCAGGAGGUGUUUGGUAAGGGGGACCAGGGGAGCGGAGUCGCUAGUAGAGGGGGCCUAGUGGAACCCCAGCAGGAGGAAGACUCCUCCAUCUUCCUCCCAUCUUACCUCCUGGACCAGAACAGGAACAACCUCCAAUCUUCUCUCUCAGGUCAGAGGUCAAAUACUGUAGAUCAUACAACACUGUUAUGCAUAUUUAUUCAUUGGUCAGAUUCCAUUGCUCUUCAUUGAAAAACAAACCAUGUGAAGCAUCACCGUGUAGCUCUUCCAAAACACAGGAUUAUGUGGGGAGAAAGCAUGUACAAGGUCAUCCUUGAUUAAAUUGAGGAGAAAUCCCUAACCAGAGUAUGAAGCAUGCGACAAUUGAAUCAAUUUGUAUUAUUAGCGUAAUUAAAUUCAACCCUGUGGUUGGUUAGAUUUUAUGAAUGAGCCCAGAAAUGACAUAAUUAGGGCUGUGCAGUCGGCCUUGACAGUUUUUCUUCUCUCUGAAUAAGUACUUCAACAAAUAAACCUUGCGUAACAAUUUCCACACUGAGAGAAAAGUGGCCCUAAAAUGAGUUUUGAAAGCUACAGCUGUGUAAGUAAUAGACAGUGGCUAUUUGAUUUGCUUACCCAUAGCUAAUUGCUAAUCUCUUUCCAUUCCAUUUCUCUCUGGGUCUGGGCAGCGACUACUAGUCCCUCAUCUGUUUUUGUGUUUGUGUCUAUAUUUAUCGAGGGGGGCUAGUGAAGUGAACAGUCACACUGAAAUAUAAUCUUUUAACCUCAUGUGGAUCUAAAUGUAUUAUUAAACACACAUUUCCAUUUCACACCACACUUGUACAGGGUACAUACAUACGUGUACAUGUGUGAAACAGUACAAAUAUAAGCAACCCUUAUUUGACCUUUGAAAUGGUUAUGGACUGACAAAAUAGUAUUUUGGAGAACAUACAUAGAUUUGGUAAAGACAUGCAUUGUUCAAUAAUUACAAUAUUCAUGUCUAUUGCACAAAGUCAAUACAAAAGCUCUGUGUGAAAGUAAUUUAUUGUCUCCUGGAUCAAGCAACAAUGUGUAUCCCCUCAAGAUAGGUCUAAAUCUGCAUCUCCCUUCCAGAUUGGGCCAUGAGCAUUCCACAGCCCAUCUCCCAGACAACAGAGCAAUCAUCUGGAGCCAAUCAGAACCCCUCUAGGCCAGCAGCAGCGAGAGGUAGGAUUGGGCCAAACGAGUAAAACAUAUGAAUAGAAUUGAAAGAAAGGGUUUAACUCAUAAAAAAGCUGGUGUUUCCAGCAAUAACCUGUGUUUGAGUGCUUUUCGGAAUACUUGUGGGGUAUAAAUAUUUCCAGGAAUAGCACGUCUGAGUCAGAUGAAGCCCUGUAUUAAACAAGACAUCCAAGUUUACUGUGUGAGAUAGUAAACUUGUGUGAAAUAGUUUACCCCUGGUUCUGAUUUUACAGAGAUGCCAGAGACCUCCAAAGACCUCUCAGCCUGGUUUAACCUGUUUGCCGACUUGGACCCUCUGUCGAACCCAGAUGCAGUAGGCAGGAGUGGUCCGGAGCAUGAGCUCCACAACGCAUAGACCUGCGACCUGCUUCACGUCUAGGGCAAAAUCUCCAGUAUAAGUUAGCAUAAUGCAGAACAAGCCUAUGGUUAUUUUGCUGUUAACAGCUGUUCUAGGGUCAUCUCUCUCGACCCCUGUCCUACUCCUUACCAUUAUGAGUUGAACAACAAUUUGACCCUUGACCAGCUGUUACGGAUGCAUUUACUGUACAUGUAUUCAAUGAUAUCAAUCGUUUGAGCUUGAAAUCAUGAAUGCCAAAAGAAAAAUGUUAUUUGUGUCUGUUUGACAUGAUUUAUCAAUGUUUGUAAGUUAUCAGAGAGGGUAGAUGCUUUCAACAACCAAAGGAUGUACGAAGGAUUCAUGAUUAACUUUUUCAGAAUUAUUGCCUUGUCAUUCGGGUAUACCUGUAAGCUUUCUGGUGGUGACAAUGAUGAGACCCAUCUCAACAAUAGGAAAAUCAGUAUACAGUAUGAAAGAGUAAAAUCAGUAUCAGUUUUGGCUGAUAGAUCAUACAUUUAUUGCAUGUUUUGUGUAUUCCAUAUUUAGAUGUGAUUUCACUCACAAUUUGUUAUUGUUGACAAUAACAUAUCUAACAUUUGAUUUAUUUGAGAUACCCUGUCUUUAGGGCCGGGAAUAAAUUCAAGGUGCAUUAGAGCAGCACAGCAGACAAUGCACCUUUUUAAAGGCAUUUUCUCAGACGUUUGCAGAAAUCAUAUUCACAGUAACAGCUGCACAUGUCGACUAAAGCGUAAAUUACCUUUAAAAGUCUGUUCUAGUGCGCUGUUCUAUAGCACGCCUCAGAUUGAAUCCCAGCCUAGGUGUACAUAUAUUAACUAGCUGUACUUUCAAGUACACAAUCUGUAUUAUAUUGCUUGGAGAGCAACCUGUGGAAGAGUGAGAAAUGUGCAUAAAACACAUUCUAACCUGCAUAAAAUAGAUAUGCCGUAAUUGGUGACUGGUUUUAAGCGUGUAAACAAGAAAUUUAGAGAAUAUUUACAUUACUUUUAUUAAUUGUGUAGUGCUGACGUGUGCAUUUUGAUUUUCAGUUAAUCUUUGCUAAAUGAGACUAACUUAUUAGAAUUAAACUAUUGCCAUGAUUUACAUUAAAGCCUUGUUUAUUCCUGUAUUAUCUUAUGUAUUGUUGCUUUAUUUGAAUGCUGUAAAGCUAUGCUGUUGUUCCUCUUGUCAGGUUACAACUACCACAAGACUGUAUCCUUCCUCUUAGGUUUAUUAGCUUUGAAUAGAUAGUGGGAUGUGUGCAUUCUCUCAACUGACAGCAUUUCUACUAUCUCACUAUGAAUUCCUGAAUCAUAUGCUGUCACUGUAGGCUUCCUCUGAACCAUGAAACUAAACUAAUAAGCCAGGUUUAAGGAGUUCUAGGGCACGAUUCAAACCUUCUCAAGUUCAGCGCCACAGCACGCUUGAAAUAAAAUGUCAGAUUCAGACAACAUAUGCAGCGUUUACCGUGAAUGC